UUCAGUGCCAGAAGGUUUUACAACAUGGUAAUGAGCAGCUCAGGCCUCCUCUGUCCACUCUGCUUCUAUGGCUGUUGCUGAGAGACAAAGUAAAAGUCACCCAGGCACUCACGGAGAACAGAGAAGAGGCCUUUAAAACAACAGUACCACCAUAACUCAUAGUGUCUCUGCAGGAGGAGGAAAGGAGGGCCCAGUGGAGAUGUGUGUGUGUGUGUGUGCAGAAGGCACAGAAGUGGAUGGAAAGGAAGAUAAGACACUCAAUUUAAGAUGAGGAGAAUCUUCAAAUCUAGUGUAAUACAAGAAGAGAAUUCAUUUCUACAAUGCUCUGUUUCCAUGCGUGAUUUGCUCGGCAAGAUGAGAGCCACGCUUGUGCCGCAGAAACACUCUCUACCCUGGAUUAUUUGCAUGGUUUUGAUCACAACUGCUGGAGAGAACAUUCCCUGCCCGCAAGGCAGUCAGGUUCACCUGACCAGCCUACGAUGCUAUUGGCUGUCAGAGAUGGCAGUGUCAUGGUUUGAAGCACGGGCUUCAUGCAGAACAACCCUGGGAGGGGACUUAGCAGCUGCUGACAGCCUAGAACUUCAAAGUUUCUUUCUUCAUGCCUUUCCACUGAAAACCACUGUGUGGGUAUGGCUGCAGGACUCUGACCAGGAAGGGGUUGUUCAGCCACAAAGUCCAAUAUGGCAGGACAAAGAUGAUGAUAGUCCAGGGGAGUGCACUCAGAUGGCACUGGGAACACUGGGAAGGUGGAGGAAGGCCCAGUGUGCAGGACAAUACCAUUUCAUCUGUGAAAUGGAAGUAAAUGCGCCUUUACCAUCGAUAGACAGUUACCUCAUUGGAUUGGCUCUCAUGACCAGCAUAUAUGCGGAAACCCACGUGCAGCUUCUUCCCAGUGUUCCAGACAUCGGACGGCACACAGUAGAGAUGCAGCUUUUCCCAGGCUUGUGGUUCAGUCAUGCAGGUCAGUUGCUAUCAGUGGAACUGGUGGUCCAGCCCAGUCCUGUGUCCUCUCUGGCUCGUGUCCAGAUACUUCGGCCCUACUGCAACCCUAACUACCACUUGGUACCUCCAGGCUGCAGCUCUCUCCUUAAUCCAUUCAGCUGCUGCUCAGCAGUACCACUGUGUAACACUACAGGGGGAUGCAGCACAGGGCAGCACUGGUGCCAUCUACUGGAGGCAUGCGUGCUCACCACCAGUCCAUGCAGCACCUACGACUCUGCCAUCAGAAAUCGGGGCUUUGCCUUACCCCCAAGAUACUCCGACUUACCACCGUUCUAUCACGUGGUGGCAGACCUGCCUCUGAAAAUAAACCCCACCUUCGAGCUAAACACCAUAAGGCUGUCCCUCUUAGAGCGAGCCAUCGUGGUUUACCCUGAUGAUAUUGUGGCUAUACAGCACACUCUUGACUCUGGAACAUUUCUACAUUGCCUAAACAGUGAAGCCUCUCAAAACUCUCCCUGGAGCCAAAGUUACCUGUCCUUCAGGGGGAUGGAGUGGGGAGGCUGGUUGGAAGGAGUUACUUUACUGCCCCAAGGAAGCAAGUGGGUGGAUGGAGUUGUGUGUAAUCUAAGGAUGCUUUAUGUGGACACCCUUCACAGAGCUACGGAGCAUGAAGACAUCUUUGACUAUACUCCAACAGAGACAGCCACUGUCAGUGGUAUUAGGCCCCUUACUACAGGCCCUAAUCCCAGUCUUAGGUCUAAAUUCCAACUUGAGGUCAUUCACCCACUCCCAGAUGAUAAGAACCAGAUUCAUGUCCAAAUCAAUGUCCCAACUGUCAUUAUACUCAAGGCCCUGUUUGGAGAAAAAGCCAGCAGCUCAUGGUCAGCCCCGGUGCUCCAGACUGGAGUUCCGUUUCUUCCAUCCUGUCCUGAAAAUAUGUUUCAGUCUUCACUUGGCUGUAGGAAGCAAUCCCAGGAUACCUGGUUUUCAUCUGUGACUCUGGUCUUAUCAUCACCUGGAAUUCAAAUCCUGAACAUCAGUGUGAUGGAUGUGCAAAGUUUUCAGAGUUUGAGCGUGAAGGUUUGUGGCUACGAGCCUGUGACGGGGCUUAGUGUUGAGCCACAUGGAUGCCUGAGGAUGCUUGUAGAUACAUCGCAGUCAUUUACAGCCACAGUGGAGAGCGGCUCUUCAGUAAAAUUCUCAUGGGUGAUUGACGACCUGAAAGAGUUUGCCUAUGAAGGGAGAUCUUACAGCGUAAUGUUCAAGAAACCUGCUGAGUAUAAGCUGCUGGUGACAGCAUCCAACCCCGUGAGCUCGCAGAGCCAGCAAAUCCUCCUGACUGCAGAUGAAAUCACGCUGCUAGCUGACCCAGAGUUCCUGUCAGUCAGUGAGGUUGUGGCUGUGGAUGUUACUCACCUCUACACUGUGAGGGUCAGAGUUGAUAUCUCCCUUCCAGUUACCUUUAGAUGGGAUUUUGGGGAUGGCAGUAGCAGUGUCCUCCGCACGCAGCCUGCUCCAUGUCAGGCCAUGGAAGCACAUGUGGCAAGAAGAGAGAAGCAAAUGUAUAUUCAGGACUCGGUAAACUACAGCUAUUGGAUCCCAGAGGACUACACACUUCACGUUCAAGUCUCCAAUCAAUAUGACAACACUGAAACAUCCAUGAAGAUAAAUGUCCGCCCUCUGUUAAUCAGCCUCUUCAUUUCCCCUUCCACUUUGGUGCCUGUUGUCAACCAGACUUUCGAUCUGGAAGCUUCCACCGAACCCUCCGCUUUUGUUGUCUUCUACACAUGGGACUUUGGAGAUGGUUCUAAAGCUGUCCAAAGCAUCCACGCUAGAACUGGCCGUAGGUUUGGAUCUGCAGGAGUAUACAACAUCACAGUACUGGCUAAUAACAAAGUUUCAUCCAUUAGUGCCUGGCAUUUGGUGGUAGUUAUGGAGAAAAUCUCUGGAUUAACUGUCUCCAGCAGCAGAUCAACUGAAGUUGGCUCUGCUACAGAUUUCAAAGCUGAGGUUUCUACUGGUACUGACCUCCUCUGGGAUUUUGACUUUGGUGAUGGGUCCCAGCAGGAGAAUCUUACAGAUGGUUCCAUCUCACACAUCUAUAAGUUUCCAGGGAACUAUACAGUAAAAGUGACUGUCUAUAAUUCUGUCAGCAAAGCUUUUCAGUCUAUCAUUGUUGAGGUCUAUGCUUUGACUAUUAGAGGUGUUCUCCCGACAGAAUGCAUCAUGAGUGGAAAAGACACGCAGUUUACAGCUCUGGUGAAUGGAAACGUAUCCAGUCUGACUUUCCAUUGGCUGUUUAAAGACUCAAAUGUAACUGUAGUGAUAGGACAGUCCACAGCCAUGCAUAUAUUUCCAAGCCAUGGUAUUUUUCAUGUUAACCUGACUAUGUUUAGUUCUUUCACACGUAGCUCAUUUAAUACGAGUGUCUGUGUUCAAAGUCCGAUAACGAAUGUUGUGAUGCAACGCUCAAAGAAUGUGGUGGCAGUUGGCGAACAAAUAUGCUUUGGUGUGUUAGUGUCCCCUGAACAGAUGAUGGGUUACCAGUUCAAAUGGUUUAGUAACUCCUAUGAUCUUGCUGCUGUAACUGAAAACUCUGAGAGGUGUUUUGUCUUUGGAGAUGAAGGUGUUGAAGAGGUGUCAGUAACAGCAAGUAACAAAGUCAGCAGCAAAACAGCCAAAGUUAACAUUACCAUUCAAAAACCAGUGAGCGGACUUUCUAUUAGGCACAAUAGCCAAAGUGAUGCACUGAUUGUCAAUACAGUAGCAUCAUUUUGGAUUGGCAGUUGUGCUGGCACCAAUGUGUCAGUGCUGUGGAACUUUGGAGAUGGGUCACCAGCGGAGCAGAAACAUAACGUCUCACAUGUCUUUACUCUGUUGGGUCAGUUCACAGUCACUGCAAUAGCAUUUAACGCUGUUAGCCGGGACUCUACAACCCUCACAGUGAACGUAUUACUCCCUGUUUCAGACCUUUCACUUCACACCAGCCACCCUUAUUCUGUGGUAGGAGAGGAAACUGUCAUCACAGCAGUUAGCAGUGCUGGAAUUAGCAGUGCCAGCUACUUUUGGACAGUAGAAGGCAUAUCUUUAACCAGUCAGGGAACUCAUGAGUUUAGAUUUGCUUUCCCGAGACCAGGAGUGUAUCGAGUAAGCGCUAUAGAACAGAAUCUAUUGAGUAAAAGAGAGGCAGAUAUUUUAAUUGAGGCAUUUGAAAGAAUAGAGGGACUUCAGAUUGAAUGUCAAAUCCUGAUAAAUGAGAAGUAUAUACCAACUCAUGAGGAAGUGUUGUUUACUACUUCAGUCACCAAAGGCUCCAACAUUACUUUCCAUUGGCUUGCCAGACAGAGUGAAACAACCCAACAAAUUGCAGGUGAAGGAGAACUUUUUCAUUUGUUACCUGGAACACCUGGUAAUCUUUCAGUUCAGCUUAGAGCCUCCAAUGUGUUGGGUGAGGUUACCAAGAGUGUUUCUUUAGUAGUAGUUGAACGUGUAAAAAAUGCAGUCAUAACAGUACAGUCAAACUUUGUGGCAUGGAAGAAAGUAGUGAAUAUCUCUGUUUUUGUGGAUACCGGAUCAGACUUACAAUAUCUUUGGCAUAUGAAUGCUAACCUUUUACCCCUUCAGACACAGGAACCUUUUCUGCUUUACACUUUUCCAAGUCUGGGUUCUUAUCUUGUCACAGUUGUAGUUUGGAACGCUGUUAGCCAGAGUAACAACACCAAACCGUUUUUGGUUCAGGAAGAAGUCCAAGAUGUAGACUUUCAAAUUGACAACAAGACACAUCCAUUUUAUGUCAAUGCAAGUGCUACUCUUUCCUUUCAUGGGUUUAUUCACAAGGGUAAUGAUCUGCAUUGGGACUGGAAAGCUAGAACUUCUAAACAGAACAUUUUCACCUCAACCAGUCAAACAUUUAUCUACAGAUUUCCACAUGCAGGCACCUACCAGGUGUAUCUGAAUGUUUCCAAUGAGAUAAGUUGGCAGAUGGUUUCACACAAUGUCAGAGUCCAGGAUGCAAUCAAAGGUCUUGUGCUGGGCAAUAGCAAGUCCUCCUUCUGUAGUAACAAACAAGUAACAUUUAUUCCAACAAUCUCCAAAGGAAGCAAUGUAAGCUUUCUUAUAACUUUCCAAAACAAACACUGGACUCUAAGUCAUGAUAUUUUUGAGGGCCAAUACACCACAUCAAGUCUUCCAGUCGGGAGACACAUAGUUACAGUUCAAGCUUUCAACCAGGUCAGUAGUGCAAAGGCGUCCUCUAGCAUUCUAAUCACUGAGCAAGUUCAAGGUUUGCAACUUGUAAACUGUUGUUCUACUACUCUAGAAGCUCAGAAAGGAACCCAAUUCAAAGCAGAGGUUCAAAGUGGAUUUCCAGUCAACUACACCUGGAUGUUUCACUUGGAAAGGUCAAGGCCCACUUGGCUCAUGGGAAAAGAAGUCAUCUUUACUCCUUUGGAUAGUGGUUCAUUGUUUGUUAGUGUGUCAGCCAGCAAUGGACAAUGCUCUCAGACAGUAAACCUGACUGCUACAGUCGAGUGGCCUGUUAGGAAAGUAAAGCUCGUCUGUCAUUCAAAGAAAAUAUUUGUUGAACAUCCUGUCCGAUUUUCUGCAACAGUGGGCAAAGGAAGCAAUAUUAAAUAUGUGUGGGACUUUGGAGAGUCCAAGGAAUUAUUAGUGACAGAGUCAAGUGCUGUUAACCACACUUAUUAUAACACAGACAAAUACAAAGUUAUGGUCACAGUUUUCAACAGUGUCAGCAAUGUGUCCUCACAGCUACACAUAGAGGUGGAGGAUCUUCAAUGUUCCAGCCCACAGGCCUCCCUGGUCCAAAGCCAGUCUACUAUAUUUAGGUCUAGAACAAGUUUCUUUGAAGCAAGUAUGAAUAUUAAUUGCUCUUCUUACAAGACUCUCUAUCUGUGGGAGGUAUUCACCGAGUCAGACUGUGCCUAUGGCAACACUGAUAUUUCCGGAAACAAAGUCAUUCUCCAAAAUCUGGAGGAUGCAACACCUUUUCUCUCAAUCCCAAAGCAUGUGCUUAAUGUAGGGAGCUACUGCCUGGUAUUCACACUUUCAUUCCAGGAAACUCCUAUCCUCCUCAAACUGAAGACUAACAUCACAGUGGUCCACUCACCAUUAGUAGCUCUCAUCAAGGGAGGCUCCCACAGAUGGUGGUCCAGCUUAAACAACCUUGUCCUUGAUGGGUCUGACUCUUAUGACCCUGAUAUUGAGCCAGGAGUAGAAGAUGCCCUUCAGUAUCACUGGAGCUGCAUGGCAAUGAACUCCAAAGAGUCCUCUUUUGUAAAGCAGCCCAUCGGGUGGACCAGCAGUAGGAUGACUAUACAAAGCAAUCAUCUACACCCUGGCACAAUCUACAUUUUCACCCUUACUGUGCACAAGGAAGGAAGGAGACCUUCCUCUGUUAAUCAAACGGUAACUGUCAGUGACGCUCACUUGCUUCCUGUGACUAUAGAAUGUGUAUCCUGUUCUGUUCGCUCAUCUGCUAACCACAUCAGUUACAACGCCCCCGUUAUCCUUUCUGGACGUUGUGGACAAUGUGAUGACCAGGCACAGUACAAAUGGAGAGCUCAUGACCAAAGUGGUCUGUCCCUUGUCCUUGAUGAGGUCACCACUAAAGGGAAAUAUUCUCGCAGCUUGGUGGUGCGAUCAGGCAUCCUUCAGCCAGGACAGAGUUAUUACUUUGCCCUAGAUGUAGCCCAGCCUCACAGUGGGGAACGGGGCAGUGCCGUCUUGAUGAUACAAACAAACAAUCCACCACAUGGCGGCCUGUGUGAUCUGAGUCCAGAGUCAGACAUACAACUACUGGAGACAAAGGUCACCUACAACUGUUCAGGAUGGCAAGAUGAUGAAAGCAGAGUCUCUCAGUUGAUCUAUACCUUCCAGGUGGCAUUAUGUCAGCUCAUUAGCACUGUGUGCCCUGUGCUCACACUUUAUAGGGGGACACAGUCAACGUUCAGCACGCUGGUCCCAGUGGGAAGUCCUGGACAAAGAGAAACCGUGUCAGUUAUCAGAGUCAUUCUGCUUGUAGAGAACCAUUCUGGGGCAAAGUCUGUGGCUUUGAACAGAACACUAACAGUGGAAAAUCCUGCAGUCAAUGAAGCUGCCAGUCAGUGGCUCAGAAACAAGAGCCAGACUGAACUGUGGGCUUUGGUCCAACAUGGUAACCCUCAAGAAAUCAUCCCGUAUUGCAUUGCCCUCACCAGCAAGCUCAAUCAGAUGGACUUUGAGUGGACUGCUGAGGAACUCAUGGAUAGGAGGGAGAUCCGAGAAAAUGUAACAGAAGCUCUCGCCUCUCUCCCUGUGUCCACCUUACUAGAUGUUGAUCAGAUCAGUGCGACACUGUCGCAGUCUGUGGCUGUUCCCAGUGAGUUGGUACGUGAAACCUCUCAGAAGAAAGUUUUGGAAACUGUGGGGAAGAUGAUCCAUGUAAUAGAGAAAGAGACGGAUCCUGCCGUUUUGUCAGCCGCAGAUACAGGAAGAAACAUCCUUAAUGUUAUAGGUAGUACUCUGGCAGCCGCGUCUGAAUCCUCCAGUGGUUUUUACCCAGUCUACUCGGGAACUCUGCAGGGAGCAUCAGUAAUCUCCCUGUCAGCACUGAGUCAUGCUGAAGCUCUAAUGCGCACACUGAUGCGUUCAUAUGUUUCUGGCGAGGUGCCUUUUUUGCUGUCCACCAACUAUAUCACCUCAGUGGGUUUCCAAGGAGACCCUUCUGAUCUCCUCUGCCAGUCAAACCAGAUAACGAGGCAGUCAUCAUUUCCUGACAAAUCUAAGGCUUUUCAUCAUUGUCAGUUUACUAUGCCCUCCUCCCUGAUAGCUCAUCUGGAGAAUACAGAGUCUGAGGUGGUGCAGGUGUUGUUUGGUUUGGAUAAACUACUGGAUGAAAACGCUUUACUGGAAGGAGCCAAUCCUCCAAUUUCCACCACUCUUGUGGCCAUGGAGCUCAGCACUCCUCAGGGUCAGCCCAUACCCAUUGUGGGUUUGGACCCUGAACAAGCCAUUCAGGUCGCCCUGCCAAAUAAGUACUCGUUGGAUCAUGGAAAUGAGAGAGUAGGUGAAGAUGGGAAUGGGACAUGUCUUACUGUAACACUACCGACUAAAGGACAGCUGAACUUCACAGUAAAAGUUCCAGAUAGCCUGGAUGAAAAUGCAGGUUUAUAUAUUGCCUUCAAGUUCACCUUGGUGCCAGGAGCAACUCCACUGCCUGUAGGACAUGUCAAGAUUGAAGCGAGCUCUGCAGUGCCGAGGACUAAUGCAUCCCAGGAUUCCCUGAUGAGAGAGUGGGCUCUUACACUCUCUCAUCUGGCCAGCUCCUAGGAAGAAACCAUUUUUCUGUCUCCCCUCUCUCUGUGCCAGUACUACAAUGUGAAGGAGAGGCGUUGGAGCCAGGAAGGUCUUCGACCACUGGAGGGCAGCACACUCCACACAGCGCUAUGUCUCACCCAGCACCUCACCAUGUUUGGGGCCAGUUUGUUUGUUCAUCCAGGGGCUGUUGUUUUGCUACCACCUUCAGGAGAACCUGUGAGGAACAUGGUGGUAGGGAUUAUCUGUGCUGCCCUGGUUUUGAUUCACCUGCUGGUGGGGCUCAUUGCCCACAAACUGGACCACUUAGACAGCCUGAGACUGAGUCAGGUACCACUGUGUGGGCGACCCGGGCUGUACCACUACAGAGUGCUGGUAAAGACUGGCUGGAGGCCCGGGGCAGGAACUACGGCACACGUUGGCAUUAGUUUGUAUGGUCUGAAAAAGAGUGGCUCGCACCAUCUGCAGAGGGAUGGAGCUUUCCAGCGUGGCAGCCUGGACCAGUUUCAUGUGGAGACAGAUGACAACAUGGGAGAAGUCUGGAAAAUUCGCAUCUGGCAUGAUAACACAGGUUUGGACCCAUCAUGGUAUGUGCAACAUGUGGUCGUGUGGGACCCUCAGACAGACCACAUGUUCUUCUUCCUGCUAGACGAUUGGCUCUCUGUUGACAAUGAGACGAACAGCACAGUGGAGAAGGAAGUACUUGCCUCUUGUCCAGAGGAGCUCACUCUAUUUAAAAGGGUGUUCACCUCCCAGCUGAUAUUUGGCAUGGUCGACCGGCACCUGUGGCUGUCCCUGUUGGAACGCCCCCCUCACAGCUGUUUCACGAGGGGACAGAGAAUUACUUGCGGUGCCCUUAUGCUGCAUCUCUACCUGGCACUGGGGGCUCUGUGGUAUGGAGCUGUUGGCACUGUGGGGCACAGUGGACCCAUUUCAGCCCAUCUGCUGGCCAAUGUGGAGACGGUUGCUGUGGGGAUGACUGUUGCUGUGCUGGUGUUUCCUCUCCAGUGUUUCCUCUGCUUCCUGUUUAGAAAAGCUCACAGUCGGGUAACCGUGGACAUGUCAGUCCCUCCCUCUCCUGUUUGUCACUCUGUGGAGAUGGACGUAUUCCUUGGCCAAUCGGAGUUCUCCUGCCCUACUUUUCUGUCUUUGCCAGAUUCCUCUGGCCGAGUCACUGACAGUCCUUCAUCCUUGCCGGAGAGUAAGGCCUUAGACUCCAGCAUCCUGGACUUCUGGGCUGCCUCUGGUUUGGCGCCCAAGAAGUACGAAGCACAUCAAGAAGAUGGCAUCGUAGCGUGGCCAUCAUGUGACAGCCUACUCAGUCUACCAGUGGGUUCAAGCCCCUCCAAGCCAGCUUUAGCCCCUGACCCCUGCAAGGCUUCAUCUGCUCGUCAGCUAAAGCGGAAAAAGGCCUUGAUGCAGCUUCACUUGACGCCGCACAAAUCCCCAGAUAUGAACUCCAAUCGAGUCCAAGUUCACAGCCACAAUCUGACAACACUUCUUACUCUUUCCGAGGAGGAUUUACUCAUGUCUAUUGAAGCAGCAGACGACACAGCAGAUGCUAAAAACAGCAACUCAGACAGUGGGCGGGAUUCUCCGAGAACAACAUCCUCAGUCUCAACCAUGCGGAGCACCUCCUGCAGCAGCUGGUCAGAGCACAGUGAGGAUAACUCCCAGUAUGGCACUGGACUCUAUGAGUGUCCAUCUGUAGACUCGAUGGCAAGCACCUUCCUGCCAAGCACUUCUCCUGACUCCACAUGUUCCUUCUACACGACACGCAUAGGUGUUGCUCGGAGUCAGCCAGGCAGGUUACUUCCUUGCUGGGCGCUGCGUGUCAUUUAUCCUCUGCUCACUUUGCUGCUUGGAGCGUGUCUGGCUGUGAUGGGACUCUAUGGAAGCUGCUUCUCCAGGACAGUAGUACUCAUGUGGCUGGUAUCAGCACUUUCUGCCUUUCUCACCUCUGCUCUGCUGCUGGAACCUCUCAAGGUGUGUGUGCUGGCCUUGAUCUACACAGUCCUGUGGAGACCUGUGGAUCCAGAGGUGGAGGAGCAGCUGUCUCAGGAGGCCACUGUGGUGAGGCCGUUUGGAGAGCAGAACGGGAAGGUCCGACCGCCAUGCGGCUACGGCCUGCUGCAGGCGAAAGAGGAGGCUCGCAAAGUCCGAGCACUGCAGUCAAAUAUGAGGCAGUGUGUGUGGCAGCUGUUAUUUCUGUUGCUGGUGCUGAUGGUGAACUACCAGGAUGCAACUGAGCAGAGACAGGCCAGGCUUCUGCACUCCACCAUCAAACAACGUCUUCACGCGUCACCCUUGGGGUUUCCCAACCUCACCUCACUCAAAGACUGGUUUGACACAGAGCUGUGGAUCAAUCACACCUUGGUGCCACAUCUCCACCAAAACCCCUCACUGCGACUCGUGGGCUUACCGCAGCUGCAGUACACACAUGCGCUCGGUAGCCAGGCGGUUCACCUUCAGUCAAACAACAGUGGAACGAUACCCGAGCUCCUCACUGCCCUUCACACGGCAGGAAGAAGCAGGAAGCAGUUUGAAGCUCUUUCUAUAGAGUUCACUCAGUACCACAGAGAGUCUGCUUUAUUUCUGUGCGUGUGCAUAAAACUUGAGCAGACUCGGACACAAGCCAUCACAUCCUGUCUCUCUAUCCAUCCACUCCUCAUCCCUUUAUCCGUGUCAGGACUGGACCUGCAGACGGCACUUCCGAUUCUUCUGCUCAUCUCUGCUCUCCUGACUGUACUUGGGGAGCUGUGGUCUGUGGCCACUGAGCGCACCCAGUAUCUGCAUCAAUGCCGUCACUGGUUCCAGCUGCUCCUUGCCUUCUUGUUGCUGACAACAGCUAUCCUGCAGCUCCGCUUCCUGUCUUGUGCGUCGUCAUGUGUUUCCCAGGUAAAGAAUAAUAUUUUAAAAAUCCUCACUGCUGGGAACCUUACGGUUUGUGCAGAGGUGGGCUGCGAUAGGCAGAGUGUUGCACAGAGCCUGGAGGGAGCUGCUGGCUCUGGCUGUCCUACUACUGCUGCUGAUGCUGCUCUGCACUCACCUUGGGAAUGUGUAGAAGGUUUCCUGUCAGUACAAGACACCAGUGUCUCAGUCUUGUCCUUUCUUCAUGGUCGGAUCGUCCUGCAAAAAAUCUGCCAGGUCCACCCCAUCCUGGGCCCUCUCUAUGGGCUGCUUCUCAUGGGAGGAGGUGUUUGGGUUUUGGCUAGACUCUGUGGAGCUGUUCUUAUCCAUACUUACAGGGCAGAGCAGGCUGAGUUGUUUCAUCCAACCAUUAAACCUCAGGACUAUCAAAUGGUGGAGUUCUUCAUCAAAAGGCUCAAGCUAUGGAUGGGACUCACUAAGGCUAAACAGUUCAGACACAGGGUGAAGUUCAAAGGCAUGGGCAUCCCUCCUUCCAGGUUUUCACAGGAAUCUUGUCUCUCCACCUUGUCUUCAACCGUUUCUUAUUCCCGCUCCCCUUCUUCAUCCUCCGCAUUCUCGUCCCCACGUCCUCUAUCCUCGGCUCUCUCCAAUGGGUCUAAGGACUCGUCAGUGUCUGAGCUUGGUUUUGAAGUCCAGCAGUACCUAGACAGUCUGCUGCCCCGUGUUACUGCUCUGUUAUCUCGUUUUGAUCGGGUCAACCAGAUAAGUGAGGACAUUUACAACCUAGAAAUUAAACUGGAUGAGGUUCAGACCAGGAGAAGGAAGACAUGGAUGAAUUAUGAGAAAAAAAGUGAAAGAAUCUUUGGAGAGUUAGGAAUACCAACAGGCGCAGAUGAAGGAAGGAUAACAGGAGAAGUUACUCACAGGAAGACCAGUCUCCAUCAUCCCAAGCUACCAGUCUCCCUUCCAUCUACACUCCAGUCCUCUGUCCCUUCAGUGUACAUGUUUCCCAAUACAUAUAUCUCCUAUUCCGAGUUUGAGUCAGUAGCAGUUCAACCUCAGCCAGCUAGUGUUGUGCACUCUUGCGAAGUUGCCGACCCUACACCUGGAAUCAGUGUAUUGUAUUCAAAAGCUUCUCAGUUUGAAAAGUUCCCCAGAAGAAGAGCGUGGCAUUCUGGGAGCUCUCAUUCAGCUGAUGCUGCUCAGAGGACAUUCCAAUUGUUGGAAGUUUCUCCAUGUGGAAACGGAGAAGAAAAUUCUGCUUUUAAUCCCAGACCCAAAAGUGAAGAAGGCUUAAGAAGAUCUAUCGGGGAUGGGAUUCCAGUAAAGAGGAAAGCUUGGAUCUCUGAAGGACCAGAGACUGAGUGAGAAACCUCACAAUAGAAGAAAAAUGUCUGGGUUUGGAAAACAGAAUCAUUUGAAAAAAAUGACCAAAAUGAAGACACACGUUUUUGCUGUUGUCCAUUUAAUGAACAUUUUACUGUACUUUACAACAUUCUAUAACUCUAAGUGGUAAAGACACUGUGCUGUAGAUAUUCUGUUCUGCAGAUGAAUAAAGGCAUGACCAUUUGAUUCAGACAUUGCAAUAUGUUUGAAAUCCACUCCAGGAACAAGAAAAAGUCCCCCAGAUAGCAAUAUUAAAUUAUAAACCAAGAAAUUGUUUGGCAAGAAGCAGGAGCAGCAGCAGGUCAGCUUAUACAUAACAAAUUCCAAAUAGCAAAGAGCAGGAAACUAGAAAACAUCCCUAAUUAACAGAAUGUUACAGUUUAAUUGGACUUUAUGCUCCACAUCUUUGAACAGAGAAAGUGUUCCCUCAUAACAUUGUGUGUACUUCUGUGUGUUUGCUUUAAGUGUUAACAUAACCUAGGACUAUUUUACAUACACAUGUUAUAUUGUUACCUAACCGAAGGAAUAGAGAUAAUUUAAGGAACAACACAUUCUGACAUGUAAGUGCUGGAGUGACAAACCCAGUCAGUGGAACCAAUGCUGGAUAAAUGGGGAUAGUUCCAUUAGGAAGAGCAUCUGGCAUAAAAUCUUAGUCAAAACAAACUUUCAAAUUCUGGUUCAUAAAGAAUAAAAUUUCCAUACCAGAUUAAUAGGGGCCAGGUUAACAAUGACCGCCUCCGGUACUGUUGGCCAAGAGUGUGCUGGUGGAAACUGUGCUACUGCUGGCAGAAGACAAAGGAAGAAGAAAGGGGGGGAGGCAUGUUAGGAGGGAGCAAGAGAGAAGGAAAGGCAGGAGUUUUUAUGUAAGAGUAGGGACUUUAAGUCUAAAAGAGAGAGAGCUGACUUCUACCAUGGUGUAGAUAUGAACAGAAAUGGAGGAUGGGUGAUCUUAAAAGAAGAGUAUGUGAAUAGUGAGUAUUAGGCAUUUAACAUCAUUUAUAUUCUGCUAAAGUUUCGUUGUUAAUAUAAUGCAAAUAUAAUACAAAUAAGCCUACAGUUUAACAACCCCUUUAUAAAAAACUUACAUAUAACAGAAUAACUUAUUGUUAACCUCACUGACCUAUUACAGUGUUCAUAGAGCUCCACUGUAUCUCUCCUCCAAUCUGCAUAUCGUACAAUAAACCUGUAGCCUAAGACAAAUGAACAACACCGAGUAACACAACUAAAGUUAUGAAACAGCAACUACUUUGUCCCAGCACAUAAGCAACAGUCACCUGUGUGUGUGAGGAAUAAAAGAGGAACUGUCUUAUUCUUUUACAAAUGAAGUCAUUAGUUAUAAAUCACAGCCUUACUUAUUUGUGUACAGGAUACUCUCUCAAGUCAUCUGGUUUGACCAGUUUUCUAGCCCACGGUGAACAAUGUUUGUUGACUUAUGACUCAGCUAAAUUUGUGCUAAUUAUAUACCUUGUGUUUUAGCAUUCAUAGUUUCCCUAUUGACAAAGGUUUUUUUACUCAAUUUGAAGAUUUAAUAAUGGGCCCUUUGACCCUGUUCACAGUCAGGUCUGCUGUUCUAGUUUUCAUUUUGUCCCACCUUCGCAUUUGUUACAGUAGUCUUCAUCUUUUGAUUAAACUGUCCUAUUGGUGAACCCAGUGCAUGCCAUGCUAUGAGGCUAUCUGAAAGACUUGUUUAUGCUUGGUUAAGAAGUUAGAUGAAAAUUAGUGAGAUGCAGUAUGGCUUCAUGCCAAGAAAGAGUACUACAGUGCAAACAUGAUGUUUUCUAUGAGAGCAAACAUCAUAUGCUUUAUCUGCUUUAUCUACCAAUAAAAAAAGAUGGCACACACCAAUUUGUUAGACUGCAAAAAAACCCUCUAAUUUUCUGCUUCUAACUUCAGAUAAAACUGAGAUAAAACCUAUUGUAAUUUGACAUAAAAACAGGUUAUCAAGCCAGAUAGUUACUCUGGAAGACAUUAUCUUGGCCUCCAGUCACACUGUGAAGAAUCUCACAGCCAUUUCAAUCAGGCUCGUUUCCUCGGUGAAUAUUAAACAUCCAUCCAUUCGCUUCCGCUUAUCCUUUUCAGGGUCGCGGGGGGCGCUGGAGCCUAUCCCAGCUGUCAUAGGGCGAAAGGCGGGGUACACCC